CUCAUACUCCUGAGUGGAAGCACAGAGGAAAGAAGCGACCUCGCCUCCACCAUGGAGACGAGUUAGCUUGAUGUACUUGUGGGACAAGGUCAGGGUUUCCAUGAGAACUACUUGCUGAAUGGAAAAUCUAUAUCUUCCGAUGGAGUGCAUCGUCAAAACACAUCGACUACGAUAAAAAUCCUCCUUACGGGGGGAAUGCCAGCUCCUGAGCCGGGCCCAGCGAUGGAGGAGGGGCUGAGCGUCCGCCAGGGAGCCUCCGGCCACGGCCUGGAGCCCGACAGCAACGCCACCAACAUCCUGGCCUCCGUCAAGGAGCAGGAGCUGCAGUUUGAGCGGCUGACCAGGGAGCUGGAGGUGGAGAGGCAGAUUGUGGCCAGUCAGCUGGAGAGAUGCCGACUCGGGGCCGAGUCGCCCGGCGCCGCCAGCGGCAGCUCUUCUGAGAAGUCCUACAACUGGAGAUCUGCAGAUGCCUCGACCGGGGGCGAAACGAAGUCUCGGGUGACGGACAGCUCGCAGUCCCCGCCCUACCACGUCAGCAGCGACCCGGAGCCAGCGGCGCUCUACUCCCCCGAGCAGACCUCUCUCCAUGAAAGUGAGGGGUCCGCGGGGAACUCGCGCAGCUCCACGCAGAUGAACUCGUACUCGGACAGCGGCUACCAGGACGCCGGCAGCUACUACAGCGGCCAGAACCUGGCCAAGGCUGAGCUGAGGCUGCUGCACUCCUACCCCGGCACCGGCGGCGGCCCCGCCCCCGGGAGGAACGCCCGCGCCGAGGGACAGGCCUCCGUCCAGGCCUCGGCGAGCGGCCCCGCGGCGUCGGGGCGGGCCCUGCGGCGGGCGGGCUCGGCGCAGUCGCGCACGCAGUCCCCGGCGUACGGCAGCAGCGCCUCGCCGUCGCGCGGCUCCCUCCGCACCUCGCUGGGCAGCGCGUACGGGUCGCCCGUGGUGACGGAGCCCAAGCCCCUCCCCGCCGUGUUCCCCAGCGCCACCCUGCCCCCGUCGCCCCGCGGGGGGUCGCCCUACUCCGCCCACCAGGGCGGCUCGCCGGCCGGGCUGUGCCGGGCGGGGUCCUCCAGCUCCCGCUCGGGCGGCGGCGGAGGCCACGCCUCCUCGCCCUACCAGGGCCGCGCCGGCUCCCCGCUGACGCCGUCCGACGGGCCCCUGGGCCCCUCCCCCACCCGGGGGGGCAUGACGGCCGUGCCCCAGCACUACGGCUCCACCCUGCCCUGCCCGCUGCGGCACGAGGCCGACCCCUACGGCCCGCUGGCCUACGACGUCUACGAGAGGAUGAUCCCGCCCCGCCCAGACAGCCUCGCAGAUGCUCUGAUAGACGAUGACAUGCAAGGGCUCCGGAGCUCCUACGCCAGCCAGCACAGCCAGCUGAGGUCGGCCAUGUCGCCCGACCGCCACAUCACGCCCAUCUACGAGGACGGGACCUUCCACGGCGCCCUCUACCACAGCCCCAACCACGGGGCGGUGGAGCUCAACCACAGCAACCAGAGCGCCCUCUACAGGUCCGCGUCAGGCGUGGGGAACCUGCAGCUUUGUCUUACUGAGCAGUUUUUGUCUGUUUCUGUUUGUUUUUGUGCAGUCAUAGGGAACCUGCAGCUCUGUCUUACUGAGCAGUUUUUGUCUGUUUCUGUUUGUUUUUGUGCAGUCAUAGGGAACCUGCAGCUCUGUCUUACUGAGCAGUUUUUGUCUGUUUUCACGGCCGGCCAGCAAGGUACGCCCGGCACCGCCCGUGGACCAGCCACCGCUCCCCCUCCUGACAGCUCCAGAAGCCCCAGAUGCGGAGCUGUGCUUCCCUGUGCUUCCCUGUGCUUCUCUGUGCUUCUCUCCUGCAGGGAGUUUGCCUGGCGGGACCCGGAGCUGCCCGAGGUGAUCCACAUGCUGCAGCACCAGUUCCCCUCGGUGCAGGCCAACGCCGCCGCCUACCUGCAGCACCUCUGCUUCGGGGACAACCGCGUCAAGGCCGAGGUGUGUCACCUCGGGGGGAUCAAGCACCUGGUGGACCUGCUGGAUCACAAGGUGGUGGAGGUGCAGCGCAACGCGUGCGGGGCCCUGCGGAACCUGGUGUACGGGAAGGCCACGGACGACAACAAGGUGGCGGUGCGCAACGCCGGCGGCGUCCCCGCCCUGCUGCGGCUGCUGAGGAAGACCGCCGACGCCGAAGUGCGGGAGCUGGUCACCGGAGUGCUGUGGAACCUGUCCUCCUGUGACGCAGUGAAAAUGACCAUAGUGCGGGACGCCUUAAACACUCUGACCAACACUGUGAUCAUCCCCCACUCCGGAUGGAGCAGCUCCUCCUUCGACGACGACCACAAGCUCAAAUUCCACUCCUCGCUCGUCCUGCGGAACACCAGCGGCUGCCUGAGAUGUUCUGGGGUCACCCCCGCUCCGGCGGUGCGAGCCUGCGUCAGCACCUCCGACUUCGACAGCAAGAUUGUGGAGAACUGCAUCUGCACGCUGAGGAACCUCUCGUACCGGCUGGAGCUGGAGAUGCCUCAGGCCCGGCUGCUGGGGACCCAGGGGCUGGACGGCCUCCUGCUGGGCAGCGAGUCCCCCAGCAAAGAGGCCGACUCCAGCUGCUGGGGCAAGAAGAAGAAGAAGAAGAAGACCGCGCAGGAUGAGCAGUGGGAUGGCGUGGGGCCCAUCCCGGGGUUCUCCAAGUCGCCGAAGGGGGCGGAGAUGCUGUGGCACCCGGCCGUGGUGAAGCCCUACCUGACCCUGCUGGCCGAGAGCUCCAACCCCGCCACCCUGGAGGGCUCGGCCGGCUCCCUGCAGAACCUCUCCGCCGGGAACUGGAAGUUCGCGGCGUACAUCCGCGCGGCGGUGCGGAAGGAGAAGGGCCUGCCCAUCCUGGUGGAGCUCCUGCGCAUGGACAACGACCGCGUGGUGUGCUCCGUGGCCACCGCGCUCAGGAACAUGGCCCUGGACGUCAGGAACAAGGAGCUCAUCGGAAAGUACGCCAUGCGGGACCUGGUGAACCGGCUCCCCGGGGGCAGCACCACGCUGCUCUCGGACGAGACGGUGGCGGCCGUCUGCUGCACCCUCCACGAGGUGACCAGCAAGAACAUGGAGAACGCCAAGGCGCUGGCCGACACCGGCGGCAUCGAGAAGCUGGUCAACAUCACCAAGGGCCGGGGGGAGAGGUACUCCAUGAAGGUGGUCAAAGCGGCCGCCCAGGUCCUGAACACCCUGUGGCAGUACAGGGACCUGCGCACCAUCUACAAGAAGGACGGGUGGAACCAGAACCACUUCAUCACCCCCGUGACCACGCUGGAACGGGACAGGUACAAGUCUCAGCCCACCCUGCCCAGCAGCACCUUACAGAUGUCGCCCGUCAUCCAGUCAGCUGGUAGCGCGACCUCCUCUCCCGCAAUGCUGGGGAUUAAAGAACAUCGCUCAGAUUACCAGAGAACAAAGUCGUCUAUGCAAUUUUAUAACUACCAGGGAGACAACAGUAUCCAUAAAAGUCAGUACACAGGGUCUGGGAAGCCAUCGCCGUUUUAUAUUGGGUCCUAUUCGUCGCCGUCGAGGGAGAGGGACUCCAGGAGAGCGCAGCACCAGCAGCUCUACUACGCCGACGAGCCCGGGCGGAGGAACUACGACACCUACCGAAUGUACCUGCAGUCCCCGCAGGGCUACCAGGACGCGUACUACCAGGACCCGGGCCCCUUCGCCCCCGCGGCCGACUACGCGCCACAGACCCUGGGCCUCAAGGCGAACACCAACUACGUGGACUUCUACUCCACCACCCGGAGGCCCUCGUACCGGGCCGAGCAGUACCCCGGCUCCCCGGACUCCUGGGUCUAACCGCGGACCCCCACCCCCCGCGUGACGGAGCGAGGGAGGGAGGGAGGGAGGGAGCGAGCGACUGACUCUUCCACCCACUUUCGUUUGUACGUUUGUUUGUUUUUUUUAAGGCGAGAAUCUGAACGAGGGUCAGCGACGUCGAGACGGAGGAAGCGGACGUGAGCCAAAGAAGGAGAUCAGGGAACGUGUGAUUUUUUUUGUUUGUUUUUUUUAGUUGGGGGGAAAAAGGCGCGAGCUGCGCGUUGGACGGCGACACUGGACGUUAUCGUGAGCGGCUUUUCGCUCCGUCUAGAUGUUAGUUUUGUUUAAGUUGAUUUUUUUUUUCCAUUAGCUGUGGUAGCAUGAUGAGGGUCAUAGGUCACGUGUGGAAGGGUUUGUGGAGGUGAAUCAGACAAGGGGGAAUGAGUUUGUAGGCCAAAAACUGAGAAACUGAUCAUGAUUUCAUAUUUGUUAAAAAAAGAAUAAUCUAAUGUUAGUUUGUACAGAGGAAUCCUAACAUAUUCCUGUCAUGUUUUAUUGCUGUACUUACUAUUGAGAUUGUAUAUGCCAUGAAGUCUUGUAAAUGUCCUUAAUUUUAUUGUAAAUACAGAAAAUAUGUCACCCGGUCUACACUCAUUGCACUGGUAAAGUCUUGUGCUAUGUUAAAACUAUAUAGAUAUUAUAAAUACAUGGAGAAAUUAAGGAGAUAAAUUAUAAAAAAAGAUGGCAUCCACACAGAAGCAUUCAAAUGUAAUAAAAUUACAAUUUUGUUUUUUUAAA